UCCAAUCACGAUAUCCUACGUACUCGGCAAGUUCAAACUGACCCAUAAGAUGAUCACUCGUUCUUAGUCAUCUUGUUGCUCUGUUUUCAACUUGGUUGAAUAUGUCUUCGACUAAUGCCAAAAACAAAGAAGACCUUGGCAUAAUUAAAUGCCUCCUAGAAAUACAGUAGAAGUAGAUUGCACCUUUCCUUACACUAUAAAACAGGCACAGCCGCACAGCUUAGUUCUCAUCUGCAUCUUUUGGUAUUUCUCCACUAUGGAGUACACUCCUAGAGUUCUUAUUUCUCUGUUCGGCUGCUAUAUGCUCCUAUUGCAUAUUACCAGUAUUACUGUAAGCCCUGCCUUGGCUUUGGAAGACUGCGAGUUUCCAGCCAUCUUCAACUUCGGAGACUCAAAUUCGGAUACUGGUGGAUUCGCAGCAUCCAUUUAUCCCCCACCUACACCUUAUGGAGAGACCUAUUUUCAUAUGCCGGUUGGAAGAAUGUCAGAUGGAAGACUCAUUGUCGAUUUCCUCGCAAAGAGUCUUGGUCAUCCUUAUCUAAGCGCAUAUCUAGAUUCCCUCGGGACCAAUUUCUCGCAUGGUGCAAAUUUUGCCACUUCAGCUUCCACUAUCAGACUCCCAGAUCUCAUUUUACCAGCCGGCGGAUUUAGUCCCUUCUACCUUGAUAUUCAAUACGUACAGUUCCGGGAACUAAAGUCCAGAUCACAACUCAUAAGGCAACGAGGGGGAAUAUUUGCUAGUUUAAUGCCCAAAGAGGAGUACUUCUCCAAAGCUUUAUACACAUUCGACAUUGGUCAGAAUGAUCUUGGCGAGGGAUUUUUCGGUAACAAGACUAUACAGGAAGUCAAUGCAUCUGUUCCUGAUAUAAUCACUGGUUUCUCAACGAAUAUCAAGAAAAUAUAUGAUUUGGGGGCAAGAUCAUUUUGGAUCCACAAUACGGGGCCGAUUGGCUGUGUCCCUUACAUUUUGGUGAAAUUCCCAUCGGCUCAGAAAGAUGAGGUUGGCUGUGCAAAGGCUUACAAUGGAGUAGCUCAACAUUUUAACCACGAGCUGAAGCAGGCCAUAGUUCAACUCAGGAAGGAUCUUCCUUUGGCUGCAUUCACUUAUGUAGAUGUGUAUUCCGUCAAAUAUUCUAUUUUCAAGGAACCCAAAAAAUAUGGAUUUGAGCUCCCACUUGUUGCUUGUUGUGGCUAUGGUGGUAAGUACAACUAUAACAGUAGUACAGGAUGUGGAGCAACAAUCACAGUCAAUGGAAGUCAAAUCUUUGUUGGCUCAUGCAAGAACCCAUCAGCUAGAGUGAACUGGGAUGGGAUUCAUUAUACUGAGGCAGCAGCGAAAUUUGUUUUUGAGAAAAUCUCAACUGGAGCAUAUUCAGAUCCACCUCUGCCAUUGAAACAAGCAUGCCACAGGAGUGGAAAUAAGAAAAAAUAACUAGGUGGAUCUGAAACAAGCAUGCCACAUGUACAAUAAGUGUGGCCUGAAUACUUAAGUUCGGGUCCAAAAAUAAGUAGGUCAUAACAAGUUAGGGGUGGGUUCGGUUCCGAUCGGUUCGGUUCUUAGCCUAAACCGAAAACCGAACCGAAAUAGGAAUCGGUGCGGUUUUUGCAUUUUGGGAAGUUAGCACCGAAAACCGAACUGAACCGAACGGUUCGUUUCGGUUCGGUUUGGCCCAGUUUUGGUUUUUUUUUUUUUUUUUUUUUUGAAAAACAGAUUUUUACCAAAUAUACUCCUUUGGUAUUGUAACUCGAGAAGUUUUUGUUUCUUCAAACCUGUAAUAA